CGAAUCGCUCGAAUGACUCAGAUCUGUAAAGGUCGUUGCAGAGAGUCGCUCGGUUCGUCAUCAUCCUCUCAGUGCGAUUCAGUCAGUGAUGGCGGACAGCGCGAGUGAGAGCGACACGGACGGAGGUGCCCCUCACUGCUCCUCGACCUCUUCCGUCCUCAUCUCUCCCUUCCGUCUGGAGGAGCUGAAGAACCGCCUGGCAUCCUUACAGCAGGAGAAUAAAGUGUUGAAGAUCGAGCUGGAGACCUUUAAAUUGAAGUGCAAAUCCCUUCAAGAGGAGAACAUAGAUCUGCGCAGAGCCAGCGUCACUAUGCAAGCGAGGGCAGAACAGGAGGAAGAGUUUAUCAGUAACACUCUGUUCAAGAAGAUCCAGGCCCUGCAGAAAGAAAAAGAAACGUUAGCAGUCAACUAUGAGAAAGAGGAGGAGUUCCUCACCAAUGAACUCUCACGAAAACUCAUGCAGUUACAACACGAGAAAGCCGAGCUGGAGCAGCACCUGGAACAAGAGCAGGAGUUUCAGGUGAACAAACUGAUGAAGAAGAUCAAGAAACUGGAGAACGACACCAUCUCCAAACAGCUGACUCUGGAACAGCUCAGACAUGAGAAGAUCGACCUGGAGAACACUUUAGAGCAGGAGCAGGAGGCUCUGGUGAAUCGACUGUGGAAGCGCAUGGACAAGCUGGAGGCAGAGAAAAGGAUUCUUCAGGAGAAGCUCGACCAGCCCGUCUCGGCCCCCCCGUCCCCCAGGGAAAUCUCCAUGGAGAUCGACACGCCGGAGAACAUGAUGCAGCACACCCGAUUCCUCAAGAGCGAGGUGGAGCGUCUGAAGAAGAGCCUGCGCUCAGCAGAACUUCAGCACACGGAGAAUAGGGCUCAGUAUAUAGAAGAGGACCGUCACAUGCGAGAGGAGAAUGUCCGUCUGCAGAGGAAACUCCAGCGAGAAGUGGAGCGUAGGGAAGCUCUGUGUCGACAUCUCUCAGAGAGCGAGUCCAGUCUGGAGAUGGAUGAUGAGAGGUACUUUAAUGAGAUGUCUGCUCAGGGUCUGCGUCCUCGUACAGUCUCGAGUCCCAUUCCCUACAGCCCAUCCCCGAGUUCCAGCAGACCCAUCUCACCAGGAUUGUCAUAUGCGGGUCACACAGUGGGCUUCACCCCUCCAUCCACGCUGACCCGAGCAGGCAUGUCUUAUUACAACACACCCGGCCUGCACGUCCAUGUGGGAACCUCGCACGGCACCGUGAGACCUUCCCCGAGAAGGAGCAACAGCCCGGACAAAUUCAAGCGCCCAACGCCCCCGCCUUCCCCCAACACACAGACUGUAGUGCAGCCUCACCCUCAUCCUCCUCCACCUCCCACAGCAUCAUCACAGCCAUAGGACCCUCACAGAGCCCUCACACGGACACUUGUUCAUGUGUUUUGGUUGGAUAGUUUGGAUGCAUUGACUGCACACAUCUGACGCGGAAUUGAACACCCGCCUUCAAUUUAGCAGUCUGCGCUGAUUUUAGCAAGCUCAAAUUGCAUUCACAUCUGUUAGAAUCAAAAUGGUUUGGUCAUUAAAGGACAAAAGAUAUAAUUGUGGAAAAGAUCAACCGACUUGUGGUCUUAUAUUUGUUUUAGAAGUGUCCGCUAGCGUGGACCUGUAGGACAUUACAGAAAAAGCAGAUGGGAUUUAGUGCUGUGCUUGAAACAAAACAGAAACGGAGUGCCACUUUAGGGUUAGAAACAUCUCAAAUGUAUUGUGUGUUUGAUUGUUACCUGUUAAGCUCCAUUAUGGCUCAUAAAUGUCUAGUUAGAAAGCAAUCAGAACUGCUCAGCAUUAUUGAACUAAUUUGAUUUGUUUUUGUUUUGUGUUACUUUGAUAUUAAGUUUUAUGGUCUUUUCAAAGAAAUGUUUGAAGUCCUAUAGCCGUUGUAAUGUCAAAUAAAUCGUCAAGAUAAGCUCCAUUUUCAUAGAUUAAAGUAAUGAAAUGUAUAUUUUACCUUUAUUUCUAUUUUGUGAGGUUGACACUUCUGUCUCUUCUCUGAGGUUUCUGUGACUGCAGCAGAUCUUCUAACCUCCUCAUGAAUCCUAAGAUUCUUUUGUAUUUCAGCAGCAUUAACAGAUUUGUAUCGUUUCUUCAUCCAAAUGAAAGUCCAAUUUGUUCUUGUAAAAUGCAUCUGCUAGCACUGUGAAAAUGUUUUUUACUCCAAACAUAAGACAGAAUCUGAUUUGUGCAUGAAGGUGUGUGAAUAGACUUUUUGUACACUUUGCAAAAAUGUGUUGUAUACUGUAGGUGUGCUUCUUUUUUUUACCUUUUGAAAGCAUUUCAACCAUUAACGUGUGCAUUCAUUGUUUUAUUUGUCUUGAGUGUUUUUGGGUUCGCUCUUAACCUACCAAAUAAAUUCUUGUGAGGCUGUACAGCUAAACAUGCCGAACACAAGAAAGCACUAACUGUAGAUUAUAAAAAUGACGAAUUAACGCAGAAUUAGUCGAGAUCAAAGUAAACCCGUUAUGCAUUUUCUGGUACUAAGCAGUUUGGUUGAUUGAGUUUGUUUGUGAUGAUGGACAGAUGGAUGCUGUGUACACAGACACUGAUGAUGAUGAUGAUGAUGAUCCUCAGCAGCAGCUCUGUAUACUGCACACUGUAUGUAGGCUUUAAAGAAGUCUUUUGUUUCUUUUCUGUGUACUUUUAAAGGCACGGAAAAUAUACAAGUUUUUCGCUGUAAUUUACUUUUUCUAUUUUGUAAAUACUCGUUGUGUUACCUUUAAAUCAUGACAUUUUUUGUUGUGCUGUUUAAAGCUCUGCUUAGUUGUUAUUUUUAAGACUGCUGGCAGGCAAAUGUAAUAUUUGUAGAGUUUGGUUUCAAAAUGCGAUCACCCCGUUUUUAAAAGUAUUCAAAAAUCAUGUUUUUUGUCUGUGGAUUCCAACUAAUAUCAAUUAAACUCCAGUUUAUUUGUUUUGAUUUCAGCCAUAAUAACUUAAACAAAUACAGCUAACUAACAUAAUAAAAAAAAUGAUUUUUGACAAAUUAAAAAGAACCAAACUUCCUUUGGUCAUUAGCAGACGGACACCUUUGAGCCUUAAUCCUCUGUGCAUUGACCGUCAGUGAGUUUUAUCCCCACAUCACACUCUUAAUGCCUUAAUAUUCCCUUCAGUCGCUCGUGAUGUGUGUGUCACUACAUGUUUUAUUGCCGUCAUGUUUCAUUCUAUUGGAGGUUUGGUAAUUAAACAGAGUCAUCUGAAUGUUUACACACAGAAGAUUUAUAGUUGAGUCUUUUUUUUUUACUGGAAUCUGUCCAUAUUCAUGAUCAUGAUGCAGUUUUUAACUUCCUGCUAAAUGUGUCUUACAGAAUUAAUAAAAACAAUUUUACCACAGUA